AUGACUGGCUGCAUCACCACUUGGUAUGGCAACUCCUCGGCAUCCGACCCCAAGGCGCUACAGAGGGUAGUGUGUACGACCCAGUUCAUCACUGGGACCGAGCUUCCUGUCAUACAGGACCUCAAUACCAGGCAGUGUCCGUGGAAGCAUCUAACAAUUGUCAAAGACUCCAGCCAUCCAAGUCCCACUCUGUUCUUUCUGCUACCGCAUGGCAAGCGGCCCCCAGUCACCCCAGCCAACCCUGCUGUCCAAGCCUUUGUGUCAGGCCCCCAGUCACCCCAGCCAACCCUGCUGUCCAGGCCUUUGUGUCAGGCCCCCAGUCACCCCAGCCAACCCUGCUGUCCAGGCCUUUGUGUCAGGCCCCCAGUCACCCCAGCCAACCCUGCUGUCCAGGCCUUUGUGUCAGGCCCCAGUCACCCCAGCCAACCCUGCUGUCCAGGCCUUUGUGUCAGGCCCCCAGUCACCCCAGCCAACCCUGCUGUCCAGGCCUUUGUUUCAGGCCCCAGUCACCCCAGCCAACCCUGCUGUCCAGGCCUUUGUGUCAGGCCCCCAGUCACCCCAGCCAACCCUGCUGUCCAGGCCUUUGUGUCAGGCCCCCAGUCACCCCAGCCAACCCUGCUGUCCAGGCCUUUGUGUCAGGCCCCCAGUCACCCCAGCCAACCCUGCUGUCCAGGCCUUUGUGUCAGGCCCCCAGUCACCCCAGCCAACCCUGCUGUCCAGGCCUUUGUGCUGUCCAGGCCCCCAGUCACCCCAGCCAACCCUGCUGUCCAGGCCUUGUGUCAGGCCCCCAGUCACCCCAGCCAACCCUGCUGUCCAGGCCUUUGUGUCAGGCCCCAGUCACCCCAGCCAACCCUGCUGUCCAGGCCUUUGUGUCAGGCCCCCAGUCACCCCAGCCAACCCUGCUGUCCAGGCCUUUGUGUCAGGCCCCCAGUCACCCCAGCCAACCCUGCUGUCCAGGCCUUUGUGUCAGGCCCCCAGUCACCCCAGCCAACCCUGCUGUCCAGGCCUUUGUGUCAGGCCCCAGUCACCCCAGCCAACCCUGCUGUCCAGGCCUUUGUUUCAGGCCCCCAGUCACCCCAGCCAACCCUGCUGUCCAGGCCUUUGUGUCAGGCCCCCAGUCACCCCAGCCAACCCUGCUGUCCAGGCCUUUGUGUCAGGCCCCCAGUCACCCCAGCCAACCCUGCUGUCCAGGCCUUUGUGUCAGGCCCCCAGUCACCCCAGCCAACCCUGCUGUCCAGGCCUUUGUGUCAGGCCCCCAGUCACCCCAGCCAACCCUGCUGUCCAGGCCUUUGUGUCAGGCCCCCAGUCACCCCAGCCAACCCUGCUGUCCAGGCCUUUGUGUCAGGCCCCCAGUCACCCCAGCCAACCCUGCUGUCCAGCCAACACCUGCUGUCCAGGCCUUUGUGUCAGGCCCCAGUCACCCCAGCCAACCCUGCUGUCCAGGCCUUUGUGUCAGGCCCCCAGUCACCCCAGCCAACCCUGCUGUCCAGGCCUUUGUGUCAGGCCCCCAGUCACCCCAGCCAACCCUGCUGUCCACCUCAGGCCCCCAGUCACCCCAGCCAACCCUGCUGUCCAGGCCUUUGUGUCAGGCCCCCAGUCACCCCAGCCAACCCUGCUGUCCAGGCCUUUGUGUCAGGCCCCAGUCACCCCAGCCAACCCUGCUGUCCAGGCCUUUGUGUCAGGCCCCCAGUCACCCCAGCCAACCCUGCUGUCCAGGCCUUUGUGUCAGGCCCCCAGUCACCCCAGCCAACCCUGCUGUCCAGGCCUUUUUCAGGCCCCCAGUCACCCCAGCCAACCCUGCUGUCCAGGCCUUUGUGUCAGGCCCCCAGUCACCCCAGCCAACCCUGCUGUCCAGGCCUUUGUGUCAGGCCCCAGUCACCCCAGCCAACCCUGCUGUCCAGGCCUUUGUGUCAGGCCCCCAGUCACCCCAGCCAACCCUGCUGUCCAAGCCUUUGUGUCAGGCCCCCUGUCCAGUCACCCCAGCCAACCCUGCUGUCCAGGCCUUUGUGUCAGGCCCCCAGUCACCCCAGCCAACCCUGCUGUCCAAGCCUUUGUGUCAGGCCCCAGUCACCCCAGCCAACCCUGCUGUCCAGGCCUUUGUGUCAGGCCCCCAGUCACCCCAGCCAACCCUGCUGUCCAAGCCUUUGUGUCAGGCCCCCAGUCACCCCAGCCAACCCUGCUGUCCAGGCCUUUGUGUCAGGCCCCCAGUCACCCCAGCCAACCCUGCUGUCCAGGCCUUUGUGUCAGGCCCCAGUCACCCCAGCCAACCCUGCUGUCCAGGCCUUUGUGUCAGGCCCCAGUCACCCCAGCCAACCCUGCUGUCCAGGCCUUUGUGUCAGGCCCCCAGUCACCCCAGCCAACCCUGCUGUCCAAGCCUUUGUGUCAGGCCCCCAGUCACCCCCCCAGCCAGCCAACCCUGCUGUCCAGGCCUUUGUGUCAGGCCCCCAGGCACCCCAGCCAACCCUGCUGUCCAAGCCUUUGUGUCAGGCCCCCAGUCACCCCAGCCAACCCUGCUGUCCAGGCCUUUGUGUCAGGCCCCCAGUCACCCCAGCCAACCCUGCUGUCCAAGCCUUUGUGUCAGGCCCCCAGUCACCCCAGCCAACCCUGCUGUCCAGGCCUUUGUGUCAGGCCCCCAGUCACCCCAGCCAACCCUGCUGUCCAGGCCUUUGUGUCAGGCCCCCAGUCACCCCAGCCAACCCUGCUGUCCAGGCCUUUGUGUCAGGCCCCCCCAGUCACCCCAGCCAACCCUGCUGUCCAGGCCUUUGUUUCAGGCCCCCAGUCACCCCAGCCAACCCUGCUGUCCAGGCCUUUGUGUCAGGCCCCAGUCACCCCAGCCAACCCUGCUGUCCAGGCCUUUGUGUCAGGCCCCCAGUCACCCCAGCCAACCCUGCUGUCCAGGCCUUUGUGUCAGGCCCCCAGUCACCCCAGCCAACCCUGCUGUCCAGGCCUUUGUGUCAGGCCCCCAGUCACCCCAGCCAACCCUGCUGUCCAGGCCUUUGUGUCAGGCCCCCAGUCACCCCAGCCAACCCUGCUGUCCAGGCCUUUGUGUCAGGCCCCCAGUCACCCCAGCCAACCCUGCUGUCCAGGCCUUUGUGUCAGGCCCCCAGUCACCCCAGCCAACCCUGCUGUCCAGGCCUUUGUGUCAGGCCCCCAGUCACCCCAGCCAACCCUGCUGUCCAGGCCUUUGUGUCAGGCCCCCAGUCACCCCAGCCCCCUGCUGUCCAGGCCUUUGUGUCAGGCCCCCAGUCACCCCAGCCAACCCUGCUGUCCAAGCCUUUGUGUCAGGCCCCCAGUCACCCCAGCCAACCCUGCUGUCCAGGCCUUUGUGUCAGGCCCCCAGUCACCCCAGCCAACCCUGCUGUCCAGGCCUUUGUGUCAGGCCCCCAGUCACCCCAGCCAACCCUGCUGUCCAAGCCUUUGUGUCAGGCCCCAGUCAGGCCCCAGUCACCCCAGCCAACCCUGCUGUCCAGGCCUUUGUGUCAGGCCCCCAGUCACCCCAGCCAAACCAGGCCUGGCCCCCAGUCACCCCAGCCAACCCUGCCUGUCCCAGGCCUUUGUGUCAGGCCCCCAGUCACCCCAGCCAAACCACCUGGCCCCCCAGUCACCCCAGCCAACCCUGCUGUCCAGGCCUUUGUGUCAGGCCCCCAGUCACCCCAGCCAAACCACCUGGCCCCCAGUCACCCCAGCCAACCCUGCUGUCCAGGCCUUUGUGUCAGGCCCCCAGUCACCCCAGCCAACCCUGCUGUCCAGGCCUUUGUGUCAGGCCCCCAGUCACCCCAGCCAACCCUGCUGUCCAGGCCUUUGUGGCCUUUGUGUCAGGCCCCCAGUCACCCCAGUGGCACCCCCAGCCAACCCUGCUGUCCAGGCCUUUGUGUCAGGCCCCCAGUCACCCCAGCCAAACCUGCUGUCCAGGCCUUUGUGUCAGGCCCCAGUCACCCCAGCCAACCCUGCUGUCCAGGCCUGUGUCAGGCCCCAGUCACCCCAGCCAACCCUGCUGUCCAGGCCUUUGUGUCAGGCCCCAGUCACCCCAGCCAAACCACUGGCCCCCAGUCACAGCCAACCCUGCCUCCAGGCCUUGUGUCAGGCCCCCAGUCACCCCAGCCAACCCUGCUGUCCAGGCCUUUGUGUCAGGCCCCAGCCCCAGUCACCCCAGCCAACCCUGCUGUCCAGGCCUUUGUGUCAGGCCCCCAGUCACCCCAGCCAACCCUCCUGUCCAGGCCUUUGUGUCAGGCCCCCAGUCACCCCAGCCAACCCUGCUGUCCAGGCCUUUGUGUCAGGCCCCCAGUCACCCCAGGCCUUUGUGUCACCCCAGUCACCCCAGCCAACCCUGCUGUCCAGGCCUUUGUGUCAGGCCCCAGUCACCCCAGCCAACCCUGCUGUCCAAGCCUUUGUGUCAGGCCCCCAGUCACCCCAGCCAACCCUGCUGUCCAGGCCUUUGUGUCAGGCCCCCAGUCACCCCAGCCAACCCUGCUGUCCAAGCCUUUGUGUCAGGCCCCCAGUCACCCCAGCCAACCCUGCUGUCCAAGCCUUUGUGUCAGGCCCCCAGUCACCCCAGCCAACCCUGUUGUCCAAGCCUUUGUGUCAGGCCCCCAGUCACCCCAGCCAACCCUGCUGUCCAGGCCUUUGUGUCAGGCCCCCAGUCACCCCAGCCAACCCUGCUGUCCAAGCCUUUGUGUCAGGCCCCCAGUCACCCCAGCCAACCCUGCUGUCCAAGCCUUUGUGUCAGGCCCCCAGUCACCCCAGCCAACCCUGCUGUCCAAGCCUUUGUGUCAGGCCCCCAGUCACCCCAGCCAACCCUGCUGUCCAAGCCUUUGUGUCAGGCCCCCAGUCACCCCAGCCAACCCUGCUGUCCAAGCCUUUGUUUCAGGCCCCCAGUCACCCCAGCCAACCCUGCUGUCCAAGCCUUUGUGUCAGGCCCCCAGUCACCCCAGCCAACCCUGCUGUCCAAGCCUUUGUGUCAGGCCCCCAGUCACCCCAGCCAACCCUGCUGUCCAAGCCUUUGUGUCAGGCCCCCAGUCACCCCAGCCAACCCUGCUGUCCAAGCCUUUGUGUCAGGCCCCCAGUCACCCCAGCCAAACCACCUGGCCACGAGCCACAGCCAGGGGAGGGGUGGUAAUACUCAUACUGUAG